UGUCAACGAGGAUCUGGAAACAAGAUUGCAUACAGUUUCUCACUCUUACCUACAUACCUAGAUUCUACAAUGUGGCUUGCAAUCUUCAAUAGUAACCCUACUCUUUACCGCCUAACAACAUGUCUUCGUCAAUAUGGCUUCCUUGUUCCUCGAACCUGAUUAUAUCUUCCUGAGACACAAGGCAGAUUAUCAUAUGCUUGAUCUGGAAUUUGCCGCAUGCAAAUCAUUGUUCUGGAUUAUCACAGAUAUUAUAUCCCGCUAUCGACCCGUAGAUCGAAAAGAUGUUGUCACUUUUAGUAUCGUCAUAUCGCACAUCAGACCAGCGAUGAGAGCAGAAUAUGUUAUAAAAAAUGUUAUCUUUCGUGGCAUUAUACUGCAAAUUACUGGGAUCCCGUUACCACCUGGCACUUGGUCCCCUCUCGCCAUUCUCUUCGACCUACUCAGGAUAAUCGUGAAUUGCACGAUAUGCCUGCCACCCGGCAAACCGCCGCUGUUAACAGAAGAGGAUAUCGAAUGGGGACUUAGGUCUGCUUAUUGUCUGCCAGGAGUUGGAUCUCAACAGAACGACGUGGCUGUCCAUAAUUUUCACUUUCACUGCUUUACUGCCUCCAUGUACGCUCUCAAUGUAAUGGACGAUCCUUCUUUUUUCGUAUUCGCAAUGCGCGACGCACUAGAACGCGGAUGGGACAGUGCCGAUCACUGCAACAACUUCCUCGACUCGGUCAAUCAAUGGAUUUUGCAGUGCGGAAAGAGGAUAUAUCGGCUGAUCAAGCGCGGAUUUGAACCAACCUACAAGGCAAUGUAUUAUCAUGGGAAUCUAUACGAACUCGAGCUUGAGAAGACAUACGGUAGUCACCGCCCUACCCCUGGCUUGACGAUGCAUCGCUGGGAGUUCUGGAAGAAGCGCGUUGAGGAUACGAUGAUCUUCCUCGUCGACUGCGAACGCCCGCUACAGGUCAUGACGCAAGGAAAUCUGGCCAGACAAAUUGCUACAAAUAUGAAUGUUAUAGCGAAAUUUUGGGAGGCCGAACAGCGCGAACUAGUCAAACUGGGCAAUGAAAAAUAAAGCAGCGAGGUAUAUUUUUAUUUGAUCAGGGUUAAACUUGAAAUCAGCGAAUCUUUUCUCCACUUCCCUUGCCUUAUGCUUCAACUCGGAGGCAACUGUUUCUUAAGGCAUGUUAAAUAUUGCUGUCUUUUCUUCUAUCUCCUCUUUAGUUGAUAUAAUUAGAAGCAGGC